UUCCUCAGCAGCUUAAAAUAUUUUCUAAACUUGAACAUUAUUUUUUUCUCUCCCUCUCUCUCUCUAUCUUUCUCCCUCUCCUCAUCAAUUAAUGCUUGGAAGCAUCAAGAACUUGAUUUCCAUAUAGAAAACAAAAGGGCAGAACGAGAAAUGACAGAAGGAAUCGUGGAAAGGGCUCUUAACAGUUUGGGCAAAGGAUUCGAUAUAACAUCUGAUUUUCGACUGAAAUAUUGCAAGGGAAAAGAAAGGCUGGUUUGGCUUAAUGAAAGGGAGACGACAGAACUUCUUGUACCGGGAUUUGGAGCCUUCAGAGAUGUCUCAAUUGAUAUCAAGUGUGAUAAAGGUGAUCGAACUCGAUAUCAAUCCGAUAUCCUUGAUUUUAGCCAGGUAAUUCUUCUUCUUCUUGUUAUUGAUUUCAUCAGAUUUUGUCAGAACUCUGAAGAUAAGCGUGUUCGGACCAGAGUAUUAAAAUUUUUGGUUUUACUAGAAUUCCUGGUUUCAACAAAAUUGUUGCAGAUGUCAGAGUUUUUCAACCAGAAAUCCUCAGUUCCUGGAAAAGUACCAUCAGGGAUGUUCAACUCAAUGUUUGGAUUCCAGAGUGGCUCAUGGGCAACAGAUGCAGCAAAUACAAAGUGUUUAGGCCUUGAUGGCUAUUUCAUUAUACUCUUCAAUGUCCACAUUGAUCGGUAUCCUCUUGUUCUUGCUGACGAAGUCCGGAAUGCUGUUCCUUCCACCUGGGAUCCAGCUGCUCUUGCAAGAUUUAUUGAGAAAUAUGGUACCCACAUUAUUGUGGGACUAAGCAUAGGUGGGCAAGACGUGGUGCUAGUAAGACAAGACAAAUCUUCUAAUUUGGAACCAUCUCAACUCAAGAGCCACUUGGAUGUUCUUGGAGAUCAGCUGUUCACUGGGGCAUGCAGCUUCUCUCCUCAUCAAUUGAAAACCAGAGAACAAAAACAAAAGGCACCUCAGGCUUUCAAUGUGUUCGAUCCACAUCCUAACCCCUUCAACAGCUUCUCAUCAAUCACAACGAAAGAUGGAAUAACAGUUAUAUGCUCAAAAAGGGGUGGUGAUACUUCUACUAGUAGUCAUUGUGAGUGGAUUCUAACAGUUCCAUCAAUGCCAGAUGCAAUCCAUUUCAAUUUCAUUCCCAUCACCUCUCUUCUCAAAGGUGUGCCUGGCAAGGGCUUCUUGUCACAUGCGAUCAACCUCUAUCUUCGUUAUAAACCCCCAAUUAACGAUAUGCAGUACUUUCUGGACUUCCAAGCCCACAAAAUGUGGGCACCAGUUCACAAUGAUCUUCCUCUUGGGCCAGCAAGAAACAAGUCUCGACAAAACCCCACUCUGCAUUUCAACUUCAUGGGCCCUAAGCUCUAUGUCAACACCACCAAGGUUAUAGUUGGAAAGAGACCAGUAACGGGAAUGCGGUUGUACCUGGAGGGUAUGAAAUGCAACAGGUUAGCAGUACAUCUGCAACACUUAUCAAAUGCUCCAGUAUUAUUCCAAGACAAGAUCAAUGACCCUCUAACAUGGCGAGGAACAGAAGAAAUCCCCGAUGAUCGAUAUAUGGAAGCAGUUCAAUCGAAAAAAUUUUCACAUAUAUGCACAGCCCCUGUGAGAUAUGAUCCAAAAUGGGCUACAAAAGCAGACGAAGCAUUCAUUGUUACCGGGGCACAAAUCCAUGUUAAGAAAGAAUCAUCAAAAACAGUGCUACAUCUUCGACUGUUAUACUCAAAGGUCUCAAAUUGUUGUGUUGUCCAAUCAAAUUGGAUGCAAUGUCCAUCGGAAAACUCCAUCAAGUGGAGCAUUUUCUCAGCCAUAAGCACGUCGAUUUCCGGUACUUUGGAUAAGGAGAAAAUGCCCGCCGUUGUGGUGGAUUCUGCGGUUUAUCCGACAGGGCCGCCGGUGCCAGUGCAAACACAAAAGCUGUUGAAGUUUGUAGAUACUUCACAAUUGUGUAAAGGGCCUCAGGAUAAUCCAGGACAUUGGCUGGUGACAGGAGCUAAAUUGGAUUUGGAGAAAGGAAAAAUUUGCUUGCAUGUCAAGUUCUCCUUGUUGAACUUAUGUUCUUGAUCAGACCAGGACAUGUCCACAUAUCCAAAGGGAUAUCCAAAUUGACCUAAAUUUUGUAUAUAUAGUUUUGUGUUAAUAUAUAGAUUUUUGGUAAGAUAUCUACUAUGGUGGAGGUCAGGUCCAUUGGUCAUACGAUCCCAGGAAGUAAAAUGCAGAAGACUAAUUAUGAGGUUUGGACUUGGAGAAACCAUAGGCAUGACGAGUCCUCUUGUAGAUUUUGAAUUUUCUGCAGAAGCUAUCCCGAAAUUGUUUAUAGGAUCCCUUGGUUUGAAUCAGAAAUACUUUAUUCUUUUUCUUGUGAUUUA